GUCAGAACCGGAUCGGAAGAGCAGCGAACUGAGAUCGAGCUGCAUCACAGACUACAGAUCUUCAGAUUAAACAAGGACGGGACUGGAGCAGCAGCAACACAGAUUCACUUCUCUCUCGUAAUCUACCAACUCUGCCGGAUGGAACUGGAGCAGCAGCAACACAGAUUCACUUCUCCCUCGUGAUCUACCAACUCUGCCGGAAAAUGCUACAAGAGAUUGAACAGGAGAAGCAGAAGUUAAAAAAGAUUAAAAAGGAGAAGCAGACAUCACAAAAGACUGAAGAGGAGGAAAGCAGCGAGAGCAAGGAUCCUCCUGCAGUGAAUGUGGGGUUGCUCAAUGUUCAUUCAAUCAAAGAUAAGAAGGACAAAAGACUCAAGAUCAAAAAUCUCAUAACAGAACAUAACCUGGAUGUCUUUCUCCUAACAGAGACAUGGUUAGAUAAUGCCACUGCAGAUGAAGCCCUUCGUGAAACUGUGCCAGCAAACUUCUCAUUCGAUCAACAGUCCAGGGAAGGUAGAGGGGGAGGUGUUGCCAUUCUGUUUUCACGGGCGUUAGAGAUUCCUAGCUUAAGUCGAAACAUCGUGUCCCUUUCUAAACUGUUCAAUUUCCAUCUAAACUUUAAUUCUGACUUUAUAACAACCUUUGAAUAUGUGGCCACAGCUCUGAGACAUGAUGAGUGGGACGAAGAUGUUCUGUUCAUAAAUGUGUAUCGCCCACCGAUACAAACCAAACAGCAGUUCGAUGAUUUCGCUGAUCAGUUUCAAAUGCUCUUGAAAAUGGCUUCCACAGACUACAACAGUAUCGUUGUGGCUGGUGAUUUUAAUGUCCAUGUCGAGGAAACCAAUAAUCUAAAAGUAUUUAUGUUUGAAACGGUCAGUAUUUUGUGUGGCUUUGAUCAGCAUGUACAGAAGCCAACACAUGAAAAAGGGGGCAUCCUGGAUCUGGUUUUCAGGCGAAAUGUUGAAGUCUCUAGAGUCCACGUCCGUGAUGAUGGGAUUUCAGAUCAUUCCACCAUAUAUUUUAGCAUUAGGCCAGCGUCAAAAGAUGCAAAACCUUAAGCAAAUAAUCAUGUAAAUAUGUGCAGUCGAGUCAUAUUUAAUUAUAUAGCGCUUUUCACAAUACACAUUAUUUAAAAGCAGCUUUAAACAAAAUAAUAAAUAUAAAUACAUGAAAAUUAUAUAAUAAUAAUAAUGUUUUAAUGCUUUACAUUGCGAGAUUAUAUCUCAUAAAGUGAUCAUAUUUAAUAAGCAGUAAUUAUAUGGUGAUGUUGCGCAAUAUAAAUACAAUGGUAACGCUUUAGAUUACAACCCGCAAAGAACUGCGUAAGUAUACUGAAUUUACACUAUACGUUUUUGUAAUUAUAGUGUAUCUCUGUGUAGGUAUAGUGGAAUAAUGUGUGACGUUUGGGGAAUAAAGGGGUAACAACCUGUGAAAUUACAAAUCAUUUAGCCCUGGGGUCAAAAGAACAGUCUGUAGAGCUCAGAGACAGGUUUGCGUCUGGAGAAGAGUUCUGCUUCAUUGAAGGGUCACAGAAGCAUGUAGUCUCUGUUAACCUUAAUGGAAGACGUUUGAAACAACCAGGACUCUAGAGCUGGACUCCUGGACAAACGGACCAACUGAUGGAGAAGGGCUUUGGUUAGACCUGAUGGUCACUCUAGUUGAUCUCUGUGAUCAUAUGUGCAGAUGGGGCUUAUUUAACUUUUUAAAUAAAUGUACAAAG